AUGGCAGGAUUUCACGUGUCAUCUCUUAAAUGUAACGAAGUAUCAACUAAUUUACGAUCGGGUACAUUUGCAUUGAAAUGGCCAGAAGAGACCAAUAAACCUGUGAUUCCAAUUGCCGUUAAUCUGUCUGUAGAUCCUAAAGGCUACUAUUUAAUUUGUCUCAAUAAAGUCACUAAAGAAUCUGAAUGUUUGGAUAUUGCUCUAAUUCAUGAUACUCGAACAGGUUCCGAUGCAUCACUUCCUCGAGGUGCUACUGAAUGUGAACAAAUGAAUAUUGGUGUAAUGGAUGUUCCACUUUCAUCAAAAUGGCUUACAAUCUAUUAUGGAAAUACAUUUAUACCUGAUCGUGAAUUACGUGUAAUUCAUUUUUCUUUUCAUUCACCAACUGUGGCUCGAGAAUGGACUGAACAAUUAUUUCAAUAUGGACAUAAUCCACUUCUACGAAAUCUAUCUAGUUUAGAAUGUCUUGAAAAAUUUCAUUCGAGGAUCAUCAAUGGUCUUGUUGAUGAUCGUUUUGAUAAAAAAGCAAUUCCUGUUCGAAUUUUAAUUCAACUUCUAUGUAAAAAUAAUCGUGAUCUUAAUAAAGAAACAAAAAUUCUAAAAACACUCGAGCUAUUAGAAUUACCAUGUCGAAUGGAAACUGUUAUUGAUCCUGAUCAAUUUACAUUUAAUAAAUUUGUUCGUUUCUAUAUGCAACUUAUGGAACGUCAUGAAAUUGAUAAAUUAUUUGAUUCAACAUCUCAAGUUGAUGAAGACGAAAGUAUUCUAGCUAUGAUACCCGGUGGAAAACAUCGACGAUAUCUUAGUUGGGAAAAAGUAAGAGAUUUUAUUGUUAAACAAAAUGAUGCACGUGGUGAUGCAUUUGGUAUGGAUUAUUAUGAUCAAAAAGCUAAAGAUCUUGUUAAAAAAUAUACACAACAUGAUGAACACUUUAUACAAAAAGGAAUGUAUGAUGAAUCAUUUCUUCGAUAUUUACUUAGUUUUGAUAAUUUAAUUGUUGAUCCAGCAAAAUUUGAUCUUUUUAUGGAUAUGGAUAAGCCUUUGGCACAUUACUUUAUUUCGUCAUCGCAUAAUACAUAUUUGACAGGAUCACAGUUAACUGGUCGUGCUAGUACAGAAAUGUAUCGACAAGUACUAUUAACUGGAUGUCGAUGUAUUGAAUUAGAUGUUGUUGAUUCCGAAAGGAAAAAUGACGAACCAGAAAUAAAACAUAGAAAUACACCUGUUCGUUCUGUACAAUUUCUUCAAGUUAUUAGUGCUAUUCGAGAGUGUGCUUUCAAAGUUAGUCCUUAUCCAUUAAUACUAUCACUUGAAAAUCAUUGCAGUCCUCGAGCGCAAGCUAAAAUGGCUAAAUACUUAGUUGAUGUUUUCGGUGAUAGUCUUAUAACUCAAGCACUAAAAACUCAUCCAAUUGAAGACAAUUGCCCAUUGCCAAGUCCUAAUGAUCUUAAAUUUAAAAUCUUAAUUAAAAAUAAAAAACUUCAUCAAAGUACAAAUUCACAAUCAACUAAUCUCACUGGACAAGUAUCAGUGCAAAAAACUGAUUCAACAGCAACAAGCACCAGUGAUCCAAAUGCUGGUAUAUGUACAACACCAACAUCACCUAUUUCAUCAUGUUUUACAAAUCGAUCAAGUGAUUCUGUCCAUCAUGGACAAACCAUAUUCAAUGAAAAACGUUAUGAUUCUCAAUCGACUGAUAUUGAUUCACAAUUGAUGAUUGAUAAUAAUCGAAAUGGUGUUCUUAUGGAAGAAGAUGAUAACACAUCAUCUGAUGAGGAUGUUUUAAUAUCAACAAGUACUGGUAUAGAGACGAAUGAUUUAAAUAUGAAUACAAAUCCAACAGAAAUUAUGAUGUCCGAUCAAACAACAAAUAUGAUGAAUAAUCUAUCAUAUCCAACAAAUAGUGAUGUUAUUGCGGAAUCAAAAGCAACAAAAGCAAUGUCGGAUCUUGUUCAUUAUAUUGUACCAGUACGAUUUGUUACAUUUGCACGAGCAGAAGAACGUAAUCGAAGCUAUGAGAUAUCAUCAUUUGCUGAAGAUAAAGCACAAAAUUUAAUUCGUGAUUAUGCAAAAGAAUUUGUUGCGUAUAAUCAACGACAAUUAAGUCGAAUAUAUCCUCGUGGUACACGUUUUGAUUCAAGUAAUUAUAAUCCAUAUUUAUUUUGGCCAGUUGGCUGUCAAAUGGUUGCAUUAAAUUAUCAAACAUUAGAUACGCCAAUGCAAGUCAAUUUAGGUUUAUUUUCAUUUAAUGGUGGUUGUGGUUAUCUAGAAAAACCAGCAUCUUUAUGUCAAUCAACAGGUUCAUUUGAUCCAAAAGGUCGAACAAAUGUGGAAAAUGUUGUUGGUUACCAAAUUGAAAUAAAAAUUUUAUCUGGCCAAUUUUUAUGCCAAGAUCGUGAGCCAGCUUAUGUUGAUAUUGAAAUGUAUGGACUAUAUGCUGACGCUACUAAACGACAUGAAUGUCGUAUACGUGCUAAACGUUGGAAUGGUUUUCAAGCUGUUUAUGAUGAUACGGAUGUUGAAACGGGUGAAUUUUCAGUUCGAUUUUCAAAAGUUAUUUUACCUGAAAUGGCUGCACUUCGUUUUGCUGUUUUUGAAGAAGAUGGAACAUUUAUCGGACAAAGUUUUGUACCAGUUGCUCAUUUACGUCCUGGUUAUCGUCAUGUUGUAUUACGAAAUCAAAUAAAUAUACCUGUUCAAUCAUCAAGUUUAUUUGUUUAUAUUCGUAAAGAUGUUCAUGUUGAUGCUGAAAAUAAAGAAUUAAUUGAUCAACUUGUGUCACCAACAUCAGUUUCAAUAGCAAUAAAAGAACAACAACCAAAACCAAUUAAAUUUAAACCAUUAUCGGAACAACGUUCUCAAUCAGUUGGAGAUAUAAAUAUAAUAAGAAAAAGUUCCGAUGAUGAAAUACAACCGUAUACUGGUAAUAUGGAUGGUUCAUUCAAUGAUUCUUCACGACCUCAUUUUCCAUCAACAAUAGAAAUUAGAAAUGGUACAAGUGGGUUAGGAAUAAAGUAUGCAAAUCGUAAUCAAUCAACACCAAUGGUUGAUGCUAAUUGGUACCUACAUCGAUUGAUUGCUUCCAGUCAAUUACGUGAUAAUGAACAUUUAUGUAGAGAACUUUUAUUACAUGAUGUUGAGGAAAUGAAACCAUUCAAACGAAAACGAGAAUCUAUUCAAGCUAAAAUACGACGUGCUUCACUUGAAUAUGACAAGAAAAUUCAAAAUGAAGAAGAACGAUUUCAAAAAUGUCUUUAUCGUCAACAGAAUCGAAUGAAUGCAUUGCUUCAAAAACCUAUCAGCCAUUGGACUAGUUCGGAAUUGAAUGUGGCAAAUAGUUCAUAUAUUGAUUGUCGUACAUCAAGUUUAAUUCAUCAAAGAUUUAUUAGCGAUGAAAUGAAACAAGCCGAAACACGUUUACUUGAUCUUUAUUCUAGUAAAUUCCAUUCACAAAAUGAAAUAGAAUAUAAAUUGUCAAAAGAAUAUUAUAAUGAUUUAGAAAAAUAUGUAAACGAUUAUUAUGCUAAACAAUUAAAUCAGAUUCAUUAUAUACUUAAACAAGAAAAAAUUGCUGGUUUAAAAGAAAAAAUUCGUCAAAUAAAUAUUGAAGCUGGUGCUUUAGCAAUUCGAAAACUUCAAGAAAUGCAUGAAAAAUUAGAGAAAAAAAUUCAAUUGAAUUUGCAAAAGACACUUCAUCAACUUCAUGAAGAAAAAGAUUUAGAAACCAAAAAUCGUUUUGCUACAUAUUCAAAUCAACUUAAUGAAAUAAAAUUUCGAUUACAACGUGAUAUGUAUGAUACUGAACGCAUUGUAGUACGUGAUAAUGCUUCUCCAAAAUUAUAUCGUCCAACAAUGACGUCAAGUGCCUCACUCUCUGCUAUAUCUGAUCAUCACCAAAUCCCAAUUACCUCAUCAACUUUUACUCCAUUAGCAUCACCAUCAAAUGUUGUGGCAUCAAAUCAAUCAUCUAGACGGCAAACUAUAAACACCACAAAUAUGAGAACUAAUGGACCUGAUCACGAAGAAUUAAUGUCCUAUAUAAAUCAAACGACUGAAUCAACCCGACUUUAA